AUGAAAACUGCUGGGAAGUUAGUAAAAAAACACGAAUUCGUUUGUGGGAGUGACCACAAAGUUCAGCGAGACGUAAUAGGAGGCUGGAGUAGACCAGUCCAUAAUCAACACUUCGGCGCGCCUCUCGUUCGGGGAAGGUACCAGGGAAGAAGAAUAGCAUGCUCCAGAAGAAUGAUCGAGACCGGUGUGAGGAGAGAGAGAGUGCUGGAGAGAGGACAGGAGAGAGAGAACGAGAGAAUGAUGGCGGCGGAGGAGGAGAAGCCGGGUUUGAAGAGCAGCAGCUCCAUAGUUCCCUGCUUCUUGUUUGUUGAGCUGGUGAUCAUGGCAGGGACGGUUCUCCUGGCGUACUACUUUGAGUACACAGACACGUUCCCCGUGCACAUCCAGGGCUUCUUCUGCUACGACAAGACGUUCUCCAAGCCCUACCCCGGCCCGGAUGACACCAGCAAGAUACCCCCGCUGCUGGUCUACUCACUGGUUACAGGCAUCCCCUGCUUCACGAUCCUGGUAGGGGAGCUGGUGGCGUUCUUUCUGAAGGCUGAGGGGACGCAAGAGAAGACCAUAGUGACAGCAGACUGCUGCUACUUCAACCCCCUGCUGCGACGCAUCGUCCGCUUCCUAGGGGUGUUCUCCUUUGGCCUGUUCACCACCACCAUCUUUGCCAACGCGGGUCAGGUGGUGACAGGAAACCAGACGCCUCACUUUCUGUCUGCCUGCCGGCCUAACUACACGGCCCUGGGGUGCACAUCCAACAUGCAAUACAUCACCCAGCCCCGUGCCUGCACUGGAAACCCCCUGGUAGUGGCAUCCGCACGCAAAUCCUUCCCUUCCAAGGACGCAGCCCUUAGUGUCUACUCUGCAGUCUACACUGUGAUGUAUGUGACGCUGGUAUUCCGGACCAAAGGCACUCGGCUGACCAAGCCUACGGUCAGCCUGACCCUGCUAUGCCUGGCCAUACUGGUGGGAGUGGUCAAGGUGGCAGAGUACCGCAACCACUGGGCCGACGUCCUGGCCGGCUUCUUCACUGGAGGAGCCAUCGCUGUGUUUCUGGUGACGUGUGUGAUCAACAACUUCCAGCAGACGAGGCCCCCUCCCCCUCCCCCGCGACCCCAGCGCCCUGAGUCGGUGCUAGGAAUGCCCAUGGUGGCUCUGCCCUGUGUGGAGAGUCCACUCGAAAAACUCCGAGGGGGUCUCCUUUCACAGAGAUCACAUGACCAUCAGCCGUAUCGGUUCCCCGCCACCCCAGAUGUCCUCAUUCCGUCUCGCUCCAUUUCCAGCGAAGUCUAGACCAGCCACACGAACAUGAACACUCACACGAACACCACUGCGCCGCCCACCCGGCAGGCCGCUACUCCACCCUCUACAGAUCCUACUCCACGCAGGUCUAGACUUUCAAAACACACGCACACAAGCACAACACACACAGCAUACUCAGACUUCUACGCACCUCCCCCUAACCUUGUCCAAGCCCAAACCCCUGGGGGAACCGAAAGGUGAGCUCAUGAAGUGAGACUCACAAAGACUUAACAGCUGUCCAGCUGAACAUUCAGUACAGUGUCAGGUACAGUUAUGCCUCUUUCAUUCAGUUGUUUUCAGAGGCUUCUUUUUUGUUUUGUAGACUUUUUUUUUUUUUAAAUGUACUUCAUUGUGUGAAGUCCACAUUUCACUGACAUCACAAGGUGAUGUUUCAUCUUCUACGUGCUUGUAAGGAGAACCUGUCAGAAUCCAUUUGAGAACUGUGUUCUUUUGUGUUUUCAACUGUCUGUCGGAGAUGUCCUUCCUCACAGGCAAUGCAGCCAGUCAUCCGGAAACAUUUCAGUCAUUUGUGUCUCUGUGCAAUUGUAAGAUGAAUCCAAACAACCGCUCAAUGAACGCUCUCCGCUGGCUUUAGGGCUCAUUUUCAGUAUCCUAGAAUGAGCCAAUCAUCAAAUAUCUGCAAGAGUCAACAAGCUCAAAUGUUUACGGACCAAUCACCUUCUGUAGCAACUGUGGUACUUAAUUACUGCACCUUCCAAAUACAGCAUAGAGACAACACACACAGAUCAGACCUCUCUUCAGCUCUGCACGACAUUACCCAGAUCAAAGGAUUCUGUUCAUAUCACUGAGGAGAAGACGAUACAAGAACAAACAGGAUGAAACUGCAGACGGUUUAUUUUUCUGCGCUUUCGAUUGGUUGCAGCUGCCGCAAGUCAGCGUGAAAUAGAUACAGAUUUGGUAAGACCGGAUGGGACACAUUUUGAAAUACAUCACAAGUGACAGGACAUGAGCUUUGUACAGUACAAAACAUUUGAUUUUACACUCAAUGUAUCUGGACAGGGAACCUUGGUUACCAAAGCUUUGCCAUUGUGAUGUCACUAAAAUACUUGUUUACUUACACACCCCUUUUGCCUGGAAUGGAACGGAUCACAUCGGCAUGGAACGGAUCACAUCGGCAUGGAACGGAUCACAUCGGCAUGGAACGGAUCACAUCGGCAUGGAACGGAUCACAUCGGCAUGGAACGGAUCACCACACUGGAAAACCAAGAUUCCCUGUCUCUGGGCUGUAGAGAGAUAUUAUUGGACUUUGCCUAUUCAUGUGAUAAUGUGAUUUAUUUAUGAGGAGAUUGAUCGUAGAUGUAUUUAUUUGAUGUGUAUAUAUGGUGUGGUUGCCACAAACAGUUUACUUUUGAUUUGCACAGCCCUCACUCAUAUCCAGUGGUGUAAAGUACUUCAGUAAAAAUACUUUAAAGUACUACUUACUGUAAGUAGUUUUUUGGGGUAUCUGUACUGUACUUUACUAUUUAUAUUUUGCCUACUUUUACUUGACUACAUUCCUGAAGAAAAUGAUGUACUUUUUACUCCAUACAUUUCCCCUGACACCCAAAUAUUUUUUUAUGCUUAGUAGGACAGGAAAAUGGUCAAAUUCAUGCACUAAUCAAGAUAACAUCCCUGGUCAUCCCUACUGCCUCUGAUCUGGAGGAGUCACGAAACACAAAUGCUUUGUUUGUAAAUUAUGUGAGUGUUGUAGUGUGCCCUUGGCUAUCCAUAAAUUAAAAAGAUUUGCUUAAUAUAAGGAAUUUGAAAUGAUUUAUACAUUUACGUUUAAUUAAGUAUAUUUUAGCAAUUACAUUUACUUUUGAUACUUAAGUAUAUUUAAAACCAAAUACUUUUAGACUUACUCAAGUAGUAUUUUACUGUGUGACUUUCAUUUUUACUUGAGUUAUUUUCUGUUAAGGUAUCUUUUAACUUUUACUCAAGUAUGCUCAUAUCUCACCCUCCACCCUCCACUCCCUCCCACUGGCAGAUGGUUUUCUACCACUGCUCAUAUCUCACCCUCCACCCUCCACUCCCUCCCACUGGCAGAUGGUUUUCUACCACUGCUCAUAUCUCACCCUCCACCCUCCACUCCCUCCCACUGGCGGAUGGUUUUCUACCACUGCUCAUAUCUCACCCUCCACCCUCCACUCCCUCCCACUGGCAGAUGGUUUUCUACCACUGCUCAUAUCUCACCCUCCACCCUCCACUCCCUCCCACUGGCAGAUGGUUUUCUACCACUGGUUGGUUCUCUUCUUUGUGUUGUAUCCUGACUAUACCGCCACGGUGCUGUGGAAUGUUUCCCUCUGCUGGACAACACACACACACAAACGCUCAUAAGAAAACAUACAUUUAAUAUUGACAAACUUACCAAAAUACACACACUUUUGGAUGUACAUACACAUACUCACCCAACGAAACAAACACACACACUCACUUACCUCUCCUAAUCUCUAGGCUAUAACUCCCCUCUUUUCCACUUUCUUACACUUAACCCUGUUUGUAUGGUUUUGUAAAUAGUUAUUUUUUGUAAUGAGAAUGUGAUUUUUACACAGACACCCCACUGCUCUCCUUACAUUAAGUUGUUAUGGAGAAAUGGGGACAUUAAUUGUAUCAACUUUAUUACUGAAGACAAGAGUGUAUGUAAAGGUCCUGGUCCACUCUAAAUCAGGCCUGGAUUGGACCUCUCCUCGUCCCAAACUGGCAGCCAUUCUGCAUGAAACCAGGUGCCCUCCCGGACCAAGGUUGGAGUCAACCAAAGAUGACUCGUAGUUUUAUGCUAACAAUAGAAUCCCCUCGUGGUUUAGUUUCUCUUGUAAUAGUUCACCUGCCAGCCCAUAUUGGGCCAGUAACCAAAAUGUUGCUGGAUUGAAUCCCCGAGUUGACAAAGUAAAAAUCUGUGGUUCUGCCCCUGAGCAAGGCAGUUAACCCACUCUUCCCCGGGCAACGAUGACAUUGAUUAAGGCAGCCCCCCCCCCGUGCCUCUCUGAUUCAGAGGGGUUGGGUUGAAUGCAUUCAGUUAUACAGCUGACUAGGUGUCCCCCUGUGAAUGCAUUCAGCAGUACAGCUGACUAGGUGUCCCCAUGUGAAUGCAUUCAACAGUACAGCUGACUAGGUGUCCCCCUGUGAAUGCAUUCAGCAGUACAGCUGACUAGGUAUCCCCAUGUGAAUGCAUUCAGCAGUACAGCUGACUAGGUGUCCCCCUGUGAAUGCAUUCAGCAGUACAGCUGACUAGGUGUCCCCCUGUGAAUGCAUUCAGCAGUACAGCUGACUAGGUGUCCCCCUGUGAAUGCAUUCAGCAGUACAGCUGACUAGGUGUCCCCCUGUGAAUGCAUUCAGCAGUACAGCUGACUAGGUGUCCCCCUGUGAAUGCAUUCAGCAGUACAGCUGACUAGGUGUCCCCCUGUGAAUGCAUUCAGCAGUACAGCUGACUAGGUGUCCCCCUGUGAAUGCAUUCAGCAGUACAGCUGACUAGGUGUCCCCCUGUGAAUGCAUUCAGCAGUACAGCUGACUAGGUGUCCCCCUGUGAAUGCAUUCAGCAGUACAGCUGACUAGGUAUCCCCCUGUGAAUAAAUUCAGCAGUACAGCUGACUAGGUAUCCCCCUGUGAAUAAAUUCAGCAGUACAGCUGACUAGGUAUCCCCCUGUGAAUACAUUCAGCAGUACAGCUGACUAGGUAUCCCCCUGUGAAUGCAUUCAGCAGUACAGCUGACUAGGUGUCCCCCUGUGAAUGCAUUCAGCAGUACAGCUGACUAGGUAUCCCCCUGUGAAUGCAUUCAGCAGUACAGCUGACUAGGUGUCCCCCUGUGAAUGCAUUCAGCAGUACAGCUGACUAGGUGUCCCCCUGUGAAUGCAUUCAGCAGUACAGCUGACUAGGUAUCCCCCUGUGAAUGCAUUCAGCAGUACAGCUGACUAGGUGUCCCCCUGUGAAUGCAUUCAGCAGUACAGCUGACUAGGUAUCCUCCUUUCCCUAUACACCAAAGUCAGUGAAUUAGGACAAAGUGCACUGUAUACUACUAUCACAAUCUUGAGUGGUAUGUUGCUUUUACAUUUAAGUCAUUUAGCAGACGCUUUUAUCCAGAGCGACUUACAGAAGCAAUUGUGGUUAAGUGCCUUGCUCAAGGGCACCUUGUCGUCUCUGGGAUUCGAACCAGUGACUUUUCAGUUACUGGCCCAGCGCUCUUAACUGCUAGGCCAAAACUGACAGCAGCUACAAAAUACUACACAGAUGGCUUGACUAUGUUUGGGUCAAAAUGUGUGUUCCUUGGUGCACAUACAAUACAUCUGCAGUUUGAUUUAGUUCUAUUUUAAAAUAAUAAGACGAUAAAUAAUGCAGUAACAAAAAAAAGUGUUCUGAGUUUUAACACUUAAUUUCAUCUUGUUACAACGUACCUUCUGUUUUGUAAAGAUUUGUCUGAUGUGAACAAUAAAUGGAUAUUGCAAUAAAAAGGAUGUUGAGUGUUCGCUCUUGCCUUUUAUGAGGGCAGGACACAUUCUGUUUUACUGUCAUUGAUUUUUAUCCUUUGACCAAUCGCAAUGCUGAUUGUUGCUCAAACGUGGCCCAGGGUGUGGAUCAUAGCCAACAGGAAUGUCUUAUACUUUUUAAUCAAUGUUCUCGUUUUAUUUUCUCUAUUGGACAUAAUAUGCACUUCUGCC